UAAUAUCAUGAACGCGGCUUGUUAAACAGAAGCUCUCACUGCACUAAAAACCACAACUUGGCAAACAAUUAUAUUCUUACACCAGGUGGUUUCUGCCUCCAACACAUUUCUCUGCAAGGAUUCAAGUCUCCAGGACAAUGCUUGCUAUGUGGAACCUAAUAUUUCUGGCAGUCAUUCUGCAGGGGAAAAAUUGUGAUUGUGCUCGUAUUGUAGGAGGUAAGGAAGCUCGCUCAACUCCGUAUAUGGCUUUAGUGAGAACCCCUGGAAAAACUUUUUGCGGAGGCGUAUUGAUUAAGCCUGACUGGGUAUUAACAUCUGCAGAGUGUUUUGUAGAUAAGACGACAACUGUUGAUCUUGGGGUUCGCUCUAUCAAGAAUAUAAAAGACAAUCAAAGACAGCAAUUUAAAGUUGUGAAAAUAAUCGCACAUGAGAAAUUUAAUAAAGAAAAGCAUGUUAAUAACCUCCAGCUUUUGAAGCUUUCAAGUAAAGUGAAUAUAACCAAGGCUGUCAACACUGUCCUUUUUCCUGAGAAAUUUGCUGAAGUUAAGCCGGGCAGUGUCUGUACCAUUGCUGGAUGGGGCAGGACUGACAAUAAAAAACCCAACCCUGCCGACAAGCUGAUGGAGGCUAGAGUGACCGUCAUAGACAGAAAGACGUGUGCUUCUCAGUGGAAACCAAGCGUGAAGAUUACAAAGGACAUGAUGUGCACCAGUGAGAAGGGGGCUGUAAGGGGUUUCUGCAAUGGUGAUGCCGGAGGACCAAUUAUUUGCGGAGGCUUCCUAAAAGGUAUUAUUUCUUUUGGACCCAUGCUGUGCGGGACUUCAAGUGGAGCUGACAUCUACACCCGUCUUACUAAAGACUACAUGAAAUGGAUUAAUAAAAAGACCAAGGGAAUGCUAUAGCUUUUCAUUUUUUGGGGAUGUGAGACUGUACCAGUGUUUUUCUUCUUUUAAGAACCUUAAAGGUUAGAACAAGCUAUCCCUGAUCCAUUGAAUG